CCUCCGCUGCGCUCCGCGUGUCUGAAACAGUUUGCGGAGAAGCUAAGCUGUAGCAGCUCUCCUACCGGGGGAGCUUUCACACACAGUUUUCAAAAUGUUAGUGCUAUUUGAGACCGCCGCUGGUUAUGCCAUAUUUAAAGUCCUUGAUGAAUCUAAGCUGCAGCAGGUGGACAGCCUGUAUAAGGAGUUUGAAACUCCUGAAAAAGCCAACAAAAUAUUGAAACUGAAGCACUUUGAGAAGUUCCAGGACACAACAGAGGCUUUAGCAGCGGCCACUGCACUUGUCGAAGGAAAAAUUGGGAAGAGUCUGAAGAAGGUUCUGAAGAAAAUUGUAGCCAAAGAAGCUCAUGAACAGCUGGCCAUUAGCGAUGCUAAACUGGGUGGAGUCAUUAAAGAAAAGCUGGACCUGAGCUGCGUUCACAGCCCCGCGGUGGCCGAGCUCAUGAGAUGCAUCCGGAGUCAGAUGGAGGGCCUCAUCUCUGGGCUUCCUCCAAGGGAGUUCAGCGCCAUGUCGCUGGGUUUGGCUCACAGUUUAUCCCGUUACAAGCUCAAGUUCAGUCCGGACAAGGUCGACACAAUGAUCGUUCAGGCCAUCUCGCUUCUGGAUGACCUGGACAAGGAGCUCAACAAUUACAUCAUGCGCUGCAGAGAGUGGUACGGUUGGCACUUCCCUGAGCUGGGAAAGGUUGUCACGGACAAUCUGGCGUACUGCAAGACCGUCCGCAAAGUCGGAGACCGUACCAACGUGUCCACCACUGACAUGUCCGACAUCCUCCCAGAGGAGAUCGAAGCAGAGGUUAAACUAGCUGCAGAGAUCUCCAUGGGAACCGAAGUGUCAGAGCAGGACAUCGGGAACAUCCAGCACCUGUGCGACCAGGUCAUUGAGAUCUCAGACUACCGCGCUCAACUCUAUGACUACCUGAAGAACAGAAUGAUGGCUAUCGCCCCCAACCUGACGGUGAUGGUGGGCGAGUUGGUCGGCGCCCGCCUCAUCUCACAUGCCGGAUCCCUUCUGAAUCUGGCGAAGCACCCGGCCUCAACAGUACAGAUCCUUGGAGCCGAAAAGGCUCUAUUCAGAGCCCUGAAGACCCGCAAAGACACGCCCAAAUAUGGUCUGAUCUAUCACGCCUCGUUAGUGGGACAGACUACGGCGAAGAACAAAGGAAAGAUUUCCAGAAUGCUGGCGGCCAAAACGUCGUUGGCCAUUCGAUACGACGCUCUGGGAGAAGACACCAAUGCAGAGAUGGGAGUAGAGAACCGGGCCAAGCUGGAGGCUAGACUGCGACAGCUGGAGGACAGAGGGAUCCGACGAAUCAGUGGAACAGGCAAAGCGAUGGCAAAAGCAGACAAAUACCAGCACAAGAGUGAGGUGAAAAUCUACGAUCCUUCCGGAGACUCAACGAUUCCGUCCACUUCAAAGAAGAGGAAGUUUGAGGAAGUCGAGGAGGAGACCAGCGAGCAGGACCCAGUAACACCGGUGGUUAAAUCCAAAAAACCCAAAAAGGAACCACUGACAGAAGAGCAAGAGGCUGAAACCGCAACAGAGACUCCCAAGAAGAAGAAGAAAAAGAAGGACAAGAAGGCAGAGGAGGAAGCAGAAGAGCCGAAGGAGGAAGAGGAGGAGAUGCCAGUUAGUGAGGCGGACGAGGUGGAGGAACCCGCUGACAGACCCAGGAAGAAACAGAAGACACAGCAGCUCGGCCUGACGAGGACUCCUUUGAUGACUUUGUCUGGGCACAACGAGGCGGUGUCCUCCGUGCUUUGGUCUGACAGUGAGGAGGUGUGCAGCGCAUCCUGGGAUCACACCAUCCGAGUGUGGGACGUGGAAGCUGGAGUCAUGAAGACUACAUUGACGGGCAGUAAAGUGUUCAACUGCAUUUCCUACUCUCCCCUGUGCCGCCGGCUGGCCUCAGGAAGCACCGACAGACACAUCAGACUCUGGGACCCGCGCACCAAAGACGGCGCCUUGGUGCUGUUGUCUCUGACCUCCCAUACUGGCUGGGUCACCGCAGUUAAGUGGGCGCCUUCCCAUGAGCAUCAGCUGGUCUCUGGCUCCCUGGACAAUCUGGUUAAACUGUGGGACACAAGAAGCUGCAAGGCUCCACUGUAUGACCUGGCAGCUCAUGAGGACAAAGUGUUUUGUGUAGACUGGACAGACAGCGGGAUGAUGUUGAGCGGCGGUGCUGAUAACAAGCUCUACACCUACAGAUACUCAGCAGCUCAGACGGAUGCAGGAGCGUAAACAGAGAGCAGCCUGGAACAAAAACCCAAACCUUUUGCUUUCUACUUUUGAAUCAUUGUUGUUUUUGGACAUAAUUUCUUAUAAGUUCAUUGUUUUCCUGUUGACCCAGAGUAUAAAUUAAUUUUCUCUCCAAAGAGCUGUCUUGUGUUUCGUUUAAGAUCUCAAUGAACAAUGGAAAUGUUAUGAACAGCUUUGUAUACAAGUUUUUUCUACAAGGAAAAGAAAAAAAUGCCUAUAACUUAAAAUAUGACAUCUGUUUGUAUUCUGCCUCCUUAGUAAAUGGUGAAUAAGAGAUUUUCUUCCCUUAGCAUCAUGCUUGCCUCAAUAAGAUUCAGGUUUAUGUGCACAAUCAUUGUUCUCUGUUGAGCUUUUCAGGAAAUCGUGCUCUCUGAAGGUUUUGUUUGUUGUUUUUGGCCAGAAGUGGUUUUUCUCUGCUUGAAUUAACCCAUUUUUUCCCACAUUCUCCGUUUUUCUUGAACAAUGAUUACUGAGCUGAACUCAGGAAAGUAAAACCCAAGCUGCAUUUGAUUCUGUUUUAGGUUAAUUUAUAAUCUGCAUUAAUUAUUACCCCAAGUUUUAAUUGCCUGGUUUUAGAAAAUGGUUCUAACUGGAGUACCAAUCUCAGAUUUUAGGAAUAUAAACAAUGUCUUUUUCUGUGUAGAGUUUCAGGAAUGAAGGUCAGCUUUCCACAAAAUGUAGAUCAUUAUUUCAACAUUUGAGAAGGAAAGAUAAAACAUUUUCAGAGACAGUUUUGUUUUGGAUUACUUCUAUUUGUCAAAUUAUUUGAAAUCUGGCAAAAAAUAAGGUUUGCAAAUUACUUUUUGUAUAGAAGCCAGAGUAAUUAGCUUGAUUACAUGGUGUAUUGGAUAAGAAAUAAAGUUAUAUUGUUA